AUGCACUCUCCUUUGGAGCCCACUACCUCAGGCAAGGCCACUGUCACUGCCUUAGAAGCACCUGCCCUCCACUUAACGGGUCAAGAUAACUUUGGCGAAACCAUUCAUGAUGCCCAAGCCGCAACCACAAAGGAACAUUCGAUGACUCUCUGGGAGGGCCUUCGGCUCUAUCCCAAGGCUAUCGGAUGGUCUGUCUUGCUUUCCACUGCUAUUGUGAUGGAAGGCUACGAUGUUGUUCUUAUGGGAUCAUUCUACGCUAUAGAUCCUUUCAACAAAAAGUACGGCGAUCUACAGCCAGAUGGCACAUAUCAGCUCACUGCUCAGUGGCAAUCUGGCCUGUCUAAUGCUAUGGCCGUUGGUUCAUUUAUUGGAUUGUUCAUUACAGGCUUUGUCUCGGAGCGUCUUGGAUAUCGGAAAACGAUGCUGUACGCACUCACCGCUAUCAUUGGUGCAAUCUUUGUUCUCUUCUUCGCUCCAAAUCUUCCAACUCUUCUUGUCGGCGAAAUCCUCAUGGGCCUCCCACUCGGUGUCUUCCAGACGUUGACAGUGACGUAUGCCUCCGAGGUCUGUCCUGUAGUAUUACGAUGCUACUUGACGACAUAUGUCAACCUCUGUUGGGUAAUGGGGCAGCUUAUCGCUUCUGGCGUUCUGCGGGGCCUUAUUACUCGGAGUGAUGAAUGGGCGUACCGCAUUCCCUUCGCAAUCCAAUGGGUAUGGCCAAUUCCCAUUAUCAUCGGAGUGUUUCUAGCCCCAGAGAGCCCAUGGUGGCUUGUACGACAAGGACGCGAGGCCGACGCCGUAACUGCCUUGAAACGGCUGACAAGCAAGUCAGAUGUUGACUUCAAUGCUGAGGAGACUGUCGCGAUGAUGGUCUAUACCAAUGAGCUUGAAAAGGAGAUAGAAGCGGGAACCACAUACCUCGACUGCUUCAAGGGUGUUGAUCUUCGCCGGACAGAGGUCGUUUGCUUUACUUGGGCUGCACAAAACCUCUGUGGUGCUGGUCUCAUGGGCUAUUCGACCUAUUUCUACCUUCAAGCCGGGCUAGCCACCGAGAACGCAUUUAAUAUGGCCCUCGGACAAUAUGCUAUUGGAGUCUUUGGCACGUUGUCUUCUUGGGUCCUCAUGACUCAUUUUGGCCGUCGAUCGCUGUAUGUGGGUGGCCUGUCUAUGCUUUUUGUCCUCCUUCUAGGCAUUGGAUUUGUGUCUCUAGCCGGAACCCACAACAUAGCUGCCUCGUGGGCUACCGGCUCAUUGCUCCUGGUCUACACCUUCAUCUACGAUGCCACAGUUGGACCAGUUUGUUAUUCACUUGUUUCUGAGCUUUCGUCGACCCGCCUUCGCGCCAAGACCAUCGUUCUCUCUCGCAAUCUUUAUAACCUAUUCAGUAUUGUUAACGGUGUCAUCAUCCCGUACAUGCUGAACCCAACUGCUUGGAACUGGCGAGGCAAAGCCGGUUUCUUCUGGGCUUGCUUUUGUUUCCUUUGUGUCAUCUGGACUUACUUUCGCCUGCCAGAACCGAAGGGCCGCACCUAUGCAGAGCUUGAUGUACUCUUCCAACAAGGCGUCAGCGCCAGGAAGUUCAGGCAAACAAAGGUGGACCCAUUCCACCAUGGUCUUGGCGGUAAUGAUGAGAAGCCGGAGAAGGUGGAACUUUAG